AUGGGCUCAGGACAGUCAAAAUUCGGUCGUGGAAACAAGAAUGCACAAUAUCCCUACGGCUACCCCCCGUUUUCUCAUUACUCUGGCACUCAGCAACCUUUCAUUCCCCCAUACAAUGCUGGAGGCGGAUUCAUACCACCAGGACAAGCUAUGUUUCCUCCGCAGAUGCAACAGUAUGGUGUCAUACCGCCCGAAUUCUAUGGACAGGCUGCUUACAACCGGCCUCCACGUAUGAUGGGCUGGCUACCUCAAGACAAACCGGUAAAGAAAAAGAAGAAAUCGAGGAGAACGAAUUCGGAGAAUUUUGUAGGAGGCUUUGCGGGAGAGGCACCCGCCGAGACGCGACCUCGACGUGCACAAUCCGAGUCACACAAUCGACCUGAUCCUGAUCGGCCUAACAUGCCUGCUCCAGAAAUUCAACGGUCAACUACGGCCCAUUCAUCUCGAGGACAUGACCGUCGUGCACCAACUCCUUUCAUCCCUCCUCAAAGUCACAGACACGACGAUCGAGAUGAAGACGAUGACGAUCGACGAAGAGGCCUUCGUAAUACCGAUAUGAAUAGAAGGCAAUCGCGCCGACGCUCCCCCAUUCGAUACGAUACACCGGAGCCGAUUGACGAUGAUAUUCAAAGGAUUUUGAGGCCUAUGCCAUCUGCCGAGUCGGUUGUGUAUGGUCCCAAGGGUGAAAGGCCAAGAAGACGUCUUACGAAUCCUCUACCUGAACCUCCUCGAGAUAUUUAUGAGAUGACUCCCUACAAAGCCCUUGCCAGCUUACCAAGAACGUCUGCUGCUCUGCUUGCAACCUCGUAUGGAUCUCGACAACACGUAUAUGAUGCAGAGAAUCCGGCGGUAAAGAGAAACAAAUCAAUGAAGGGCAUACUUCGAGCAUUUAGCAAAAAGGAAAAGAAAGAUCCUGUUGUUGUCGUUCCGAUAUUCAAAAAUGGAUCUCAGGUUCAAUUCCAAUCCCAGCUCACACAGCCGCAAAUGCAAUUUCCACAACCUGAUGCACAAUUUGCAUCUCAAGCUCCGCAAGGCCCGCUGCAGCAAUCUAUGCUGGUGCAACCUCAAAUGCAAAUGCCUCAAGGGCCAGGAACAUCUGCGCCCGACAUACCUCUAAUGGCACAAUCGCAACUCACACAACCCCAAAUGCAAAUGCCGCAGCCCGGACAAAGUCAAUCAGAUAUUAAUCAAAUGCAGCAAUCUCAAUUGACACAACCACAAAUGCAAAUGCCUCAAGGACUUGGACCUACGCCUGAUAUACCCUUGAUGCAGCAAUCUCAGCUCACUCAAGCCCAGAUGCAGAUGCCUCAACCUAAUGCGGACACGCUUCACCGUUCGGGAUCGUGGUCAAGUAGAAAGUACGGAGGAGGGAAUACACCUGGGCCAAAUCAUCUCCAGCCGCAGAACAUUCAGUUCCCUCAGCCCGUUGGCGGGGGUUCUCAUUAUGGUUCGUCACCAAUGCACUCACAUUCAUCUCGUUCAGCCGAUGUGAUACCUUCAUUUCCCCCAAUUCCUCCAGUACUGAGCAAUCCGCCGCCCAUUAAGUUCGACCAAUCCAGUCCGUUGAAUGGUUUCUUAAGUCAUUCGCAGUACCGCGUUCUUUAUCGAAAUCAAACCUACCCAACAGCAUUACAUCUCCAUGAAGCUAUGAAGUUUACCGAUACCAAACCUGAGAUCGCAGAGAUAAUCAGGAACUUGCCAAAUAUACACGACGUGUAUCCCACAGCACAACACUAUCAAGAAUAUAUGAGGAAUGACUGGCAACACAAAUGUGUUGAAUUUAUGGAAGAAGUCGUAUAUUUAAAAACACGACAACAUCCUGACCUGCGCGCCCUUCUUAUGAACACCGGUUACGCGGAUAUUGAGUAUAUUGACAAGAAUGAUUCUUUCUGGGGAACUGGUCCAACAAACGAUGGUCAAAACCACCUAGGCAAAAUUAUGACUCGCGUUCGCGAAAGAUUACGAGUAUUCUAG